AUAUUGAUGAUUAAAAUGGCAUAGGCUGAAAUAUUCUUCCGUGAAAGCAAAGACAGACUUAUCUACUAUCAUCAUAUCUUCAUAUUUUCCGGUGUAACACUACACUCAUUGAAUUUGAAGUGGCCCCAACUGAUAGAUUCAAUUUCACUAUACCUCUUUUUCUAUAUAAAUUGUCAUCUUUUCUUCCAAUUUUUUCCAUAAUUUUGUCUUCUUUAUCAAACAAUUAAAGAAGUGCUUUGAAGAUUGGUCCAUUUCACAGAUUGUGCAAUUUUAGAAGAUUUGAAGAAGAUUAAUGUGUUGAGGCAACAAUGGGUGGAUAUUGUUUCUUGCUCUUCCUAGUAUUUGGAGCAUGCACUUUGUACAAUUCUUAUGGUAUUGGAAAGUUCAAACAGAAUGUGACAGCAACACUGUCACUGGAUGCUUCUGCUGCCGGCCGGCCGAUUCCUGAUACAUUGUUUGGGAUAUUUUUUGAGGAGAUCAAUCAUGCUGGAUCUGGUGGACUUUGGGCAGAACUAGUAAGCAACAGAGGUUUUGAAGCUGGAGGUCAUCACACCCCAUCGAACAUCAAACCUUGGUCAACUAUUGGAGAUGAAUCAAGCAUUAUCGUAUCUACUGACCUUUCAUCAUGCUUUGAGCGGAACAAAGUGGCACUUCGAAUAGAUGUUUUAUGUGACAAUGAUGGUGCCAACAGUUGUCCUAGUGGUGGUGUAGGAGUCUAUAACCCUGGAUUUUGGGGGAUGAAUAUUGAACAAGGGAAGACUUAUAAAGUAGUCUUCUAUGUUCGAUCCAUGGAAUCAAUUGAUAUUGCUGUGUCAUUGACUAGCUCAAAUGGAGGGCAAGUGCUGGCCACCAGCAAUGUGAUUGCUGAUGCGGCUAAAAUUGCUAAUUGGACAAAAAUGGAGGUUAUGCUGGAAGCCAAAAGUUCAAAUUCAAAUUCAAGGCUUCAGUUAACAACCACCAAAAAGGGAGUACUUUGGAUUGAUCAAGUAUCAGCAAUGCCAACUGAUACCUAUAAGGGACAUGGAUUCCGCAAGGACCUCUUUGAUAAGCUUGUUGCUUUGGAACCAAGAUUCCUCAGAUUCCCAGGUGGUUGCUUUGUUGAAGGCGAAUGGCUAAGAAAUGCUUUUCGAUGGAAAGAAACUGUUGGUCCAUGGGAGGACAGGCCAGGACACUUUGGAGAUGUUUGGAUGUACUGGACUGAUGAUGGACUUGGUUACUUUGAAUUUCUUCAAUUGGCUGAAGAUCUCAAGGCAGCUCCAGUAUGGGUAAUUAACAAUGGAAUUGGCCACCAAGAUCAAGUUGAAACAUCGGCAAUUGCUCCUUUUGUGCAAGAGAUGCUUGACAGUAUAGAAUUUGCUAGAGGUGAUCCUUCUUCUAAGUGGGGUUCCCUUCGAGCUGCGAUGGGGCGUUCAGAACCUUUUGAGCUCAAAUAUAUUGCUAUUGGUAAUGAAGAUUGUGGGAAACCGUACUAUCGAGGUAAUUACCUCAAGUUUUAUGCUGCCCUGAGAAAAGCCUAUCCAGAUAUCCAAGUUAUCUCAAAUUGUGAUGGCUCAAACUCUCCAUUAGAUCAUCCAGCUGAUAUGUAUGAUUUUCAUAUAUACACAUCUGCAAAUGAUAUGUUUGCUAAGAGUCGUAAGUUUGACAAUACACGACGCAAUGGGCCAAAGGCUUUUGUGAGUGAAUAUGCCGUGACUGGAAAAGAUGCUGGUACAGGAAGCCUUCUUGCUGCAUUGGCUGAAGCCGCAUUUCUUAUUGGAUUAGAGAAAAAUAGUGAUGUUAUUGAAAUGGCGAGCUAUGCUCCGCUUUUCGUGAACACCAAUGACAGACGAUGGAACCCCGAUGCAAUUGUUUACGAUUCCUCACGUGUCUAUGGUACGCCUAGCUACUGGAUGCAACUAUUUUUUGCAAAAUCCAGUGGGGCAGCUUAUCUUGAAACCACGCUUGAAUCCAGUUCCUCAUCACUUGUUGCAUCUGCAAUUAGUUGGAAGAAUGGAACAGACGACACGAAGUACAUAACUAUUAAGAUUGUGAAUUUUGCAAAUAAUUACGUGAACCUCAAGCUCUCCAUUAGAUUCAAUGAUAAUUCUUUAAAGCUAGCUGGGGCAAUGAAGACCACGCUGACCUCUGCUAAUGUAAUGGAUGAGAAUUCAUUUCAAAGUCCUAACAAGGUGAUUCCAUCUUCAUCUCAAUUCAAAUUAAAUGGUAAGGACACAAAUGUCUUGCUCCAGCCAUAUUCUUUCACAGCAUUUGAUGUUGUACAAGAAACAACAAGUCACAUUUUAAUCAAGGAUGCAGAUUCUGGCCUAAAAUAUUCUUUCUGAGUUAAUUCAUACACAGCAGACACAUUCGAAUACGAAUACGGGCUUUUAUACACUAGUGAUCUUUGUUAUUCAGCAAAUAGCCUGGAUCUUUUACCUUAAUACUAGGGUUUGAUCCAAUUCUUAACAAGUCCAAACAUUUAUUAUCAGCUGUUCAGAAAUUUUAUUUACGGUGCAAUGAUUGUAUAUAGAUGACAUUCUCAUCAAUAAUAAAUAGAAGAAAAAGAUUGAUAUGUUCAUGA